CUUCUGCCCGCGCUGCCACCGUCGCCACCAUGAGAGAAAUCGUGCACCUGCAGGCCGGGCAAUGCGGAAAUCAGAUCGGCGCCAAGUUCUGGGAGGUGAUCAGCGAUGAGCAUGGCAUUGACCCCACCGGCACCUACCAUGGCGAUAGUGACCUGCAGCUGGAGCGGAUCAAUGUGUAUUACAACGAGGCCACCGGUGGCAAGUACGUGCCCCGUGCGGUGCUGGUGGACCUGGAGCCGGGCACCAUGGACUCGGUGCGCUCCGGGCCUUUUGGGCAAAUCUUCCGACCCGACAACUUCGUUUUCGGUCAGAGCGGUGCUGGAAACAACUGGGCCAAGGGGCACUACACUGAAGGAGCAGAGCUGGUUGAUUCCGUGCUGGACGUGGUGCGGAAGGAGGCUGAGAGCUGUGAUUGCCUACAGGGCUUCCAGCUGACCCACUCCCUGGGCGGGGGGACAGGGUCUGGGAUGGGCACCCUCCUCAUCAGCAAGAUCCGAGAGGAGUACCCAGACAGGAUCAUGAACACGUUCAGUGUGGUGCCUUCGCCCAAGGUGUCGGACACUGUGGUGGAGCCUUACAACGCCACCCUCUCCGUGCACCAGCUGGUGGAGAACACAGAUGAGACCUAUUGCAUUGACAAUGAGGCCCUCUACGACAUCUGCUUCCGCACCCUCAAGCUGACCACACCCACCUACGGAGACCUGAACCACUUGGUGUCAGCCACUAUGAGUGGGGUCACCACCUGCCUACGCUUCCCAGGCCAGCUCAAUGCUGACCUGCGGAAACUGGCUGUAAACAUGGUGCCCUUCCCCCGUCUGCACUUCUUCAUGCCUGGUUUCGCCCCACUGACCAGCCGGGGUAGCCAGCAGUACCGGGCCCUGACCGUGCCCGAGCUCACCCAGCAGAUGUUUGAUGCCAAGAACAUGAUGGCGGCCUGUGACCCGCGCCAUGGUCGCUACCUGACGGUGGCCGCCGUCUUCCGGGGUCGCAUGUCCAUGAAGGAGGUGGACGAGCAGAUGCUCAACGUGCAGAAUAAGAACAGCAGCUACUUUGUCGAAUGGAUCCCCAACAACGUGAAAACCGCUGUCUGCGACAUCCCGCCCCGAGGGCUGAAAAUGUCAGCCACCUUCAUCGGUAAUAGCACGGCCAUCCAGGAGCUGUUCAAACGCAUCUCGGAGCAGUUCACUGCCAUGUUCCGGCGCAAGGCCUUCCUGCACUGGUACACGGGCGAGGGCAUGGACGAGAUGGAGUUCACCGAGGCCGAGAGCAACAUGAAUGACCUGGUGUCCGAGUACCAGCAGUACCAGGACGCCACGGCCGAGGAGGAGGGCGAGUUUGAGGAGGAGGCCGAAGAGGAGGUGGCCUAGGGAGGUGGGGAGGUCUGCGAGUGGGGAAGCAGAAGCAGCGUGAUCUCUUUAUUCACUCACAACCUGUUCUGAUAACGUGACUCACGGUCCUGCACUUGCUGGUCUCUCACGUCACAUGCUGUCCUGACAUGUGCAUUAAAGCAUUUUCAUAGUG